CAGUUCCAACUAACCAAGGUUAUACCGGGUGGUUACACGUGGACGGUGGAGAUUGUUUCUGACUGCUUCUCUAUCGCAAAUUGCAUUGCUCUCUGGUUAAAAACUAGGGUUAGGCUACGAUUCUGUUUACCCAAAAAGCUAUUGUCAUCGCCGUUUGGCUUUCUGAAAAAUCACACCGAUUAAGAUUUUCUCUGGAAUUCUGAGAUUAUGGAGAUGGAGCGUGUGCAUGAAUUUCCUCAUACUAACAUGGAUCGCCGUCCCAGAAAGAGAGCGCGUCUCGGCUGGGAUGUGUUGCCUCAGGCAACCAAGGCUCAGGUAGGAAUGUUUUGUGGGCAAGAGAUUGGAAAUUUAUCAAGCUUUCCAUCGUCCGGAGCUCCUUCAGACAAUAGUAGCUCUCUUUGUGUUAAGGGUGUGGCUCGUAAUGGUUCUCCCCCAUGGCGAGAAGAUGAUAAGGAUGGACAUUACAUGUUUGAACUGGGAGAUGACUUAACUCCACGCUAUAAAAUCUAUAGCAAAAUGGGCGAAGGUACUUUUGGUCAAGUGCUAGAAUGUUGGGAUAGGGAGAGGAAGGAAAUGGUGGCAGUAAAAAUUGUUCGUGGUGUGAAGAAAUACCGCGAGGCCGCUAUGAUUGAAAUUGAAAUGCUGCAACAGCUUGGUAAACAUGACAAAGGUGGCAAUCGUUGUGUACAAAUUCGGAACUGGUUUGACUAUCGUAACCAUAUCUGUAUUGUCUUUGAGAAGCUUGGAUCAAGUUUAUACGAUUUUCUUCGGAAAAACAAUUAUCGGUCCUUUCCCAUUGAUCUUGUUCGUGAGAUUGGCUGGCAACUCUUGGAAUGUGUAGCAUUUAUGCAUGACUUGCGCAUGAUUCAUACGGACCUUAAACCAGAAAAUAUUCUGUUAGUCUCCUCGGACUAUGUGAAGAUUCCUGAGUACAAGGGCUCCCGAUUACAAAGGGAUGUUUGCUAUAAAAGAGUGCCUAAAUCAAGUGCAAUAAAGGUGAUUGAUUUUGGUAGCACAACUUAUGAGCGCCAGGACCAAACCUACAUUGUAUCAACCAGACAUUAUAGGGCUCCAGAAGUCAUUUUAGGUCUUGGCUGGAGUUAUCCGUGUGAUGUUUGGAGCAUUGGAUGUAUCAUAGUGGAGCUGUGCACGGGUGAAGCAUUGUUCCAAACACAUGAAAACCUGGAGCAUCUUGCGAUGAUGGAGCGUGUUCUUGGGCCGUUUCCUCAACAAAUGCUGAAGAAAGUGGACCGGCAUGCAGAGAAAUAUGUGAGAAGAGGUCGUUUGGAUUGGCCGGAUGGGGCAACCUCAAGAGAUAGCCUGAAAGCAGUUUUGAAGCUCCCUAGGCUUCAGAAUCUAAUAAUGCAACAUGUGGACCACUCGGCGGGGGAGUUAAUAAAUAUGUUGCAAGGACUUCUGCGGUUUGAUCCGGCAGAGAGACUAACCGCUCGUGAAGCCCUGAGGCAUCCUUUUUUCGCAAGGAGAAGAUAGCGGGAGUUCAAUUUGACGAGUGUAAAUAGAGAUGAAAUAUGUAUGAUUUGUAGUAAGCAUUUACCUCACAACCCCACGAAUUCUGAUAUAAAUUAACAAAUAUGCUUAGAUCACUCUAUUUUAAAGUGAUAGGCGAUUGUUGUCUAUCUUUGUAAACUGGAUCGUUCAAAUUCAAAAGAGUUUUAGUUUUCGACCA